GGGCCUGCUGAGUUUCAAGCAAGCCACCGGCGCCAUGGGGAUCCUGGAUCGGAUUGCGGAGAUUGAGGCGGAGAUGAACCGCACUCAGAAGAACAAGGCCACAGAACAUCACCUGGGCCUUUUGAAGGCGCGCAUUGCCAAGCUGCGGGCCCAACUCAUUGCUGAUAGCGAGACCACGGGCCCCAAGGGCGAGGGAUUUGAAGUGAGCAAGGCGGGCGAUGCGCGCGUUGUCAUGAUUGGCUUCCCGUCUGUUGGCAAGUCGACUCUCCUCACAUCCAUGACCAAAACCGAGUCAAACUCUGCCUCCUACGAGUUUACGACCCUCACUUGUAUCCCUGGCGUUCUCGAGUACUCGGGCUCGCGCAUUCAGUUGCUCGAUCUUCCUGGUAUCAUCGAAGGUGCCGCGCAAGGCAAGGGCCGUGGUAAACAGGUCAUUGCGGUGGCCCGAACCGCAGACUUGGUAUUGAUGAUGCUUGAUUGCACCAAGGGCGAAAAGCAAAAGGAGCUUUUGACCAAGGAACUCGAAUCAUGCGGCAUUCGCCUCAACCAAAAGCCCCCCAACAUUUAUUACAAGCCCAAAAAGGCUGGCGGUGUCUCUUUCAACGCUACCUGCAAGCUGACCAAGGUGGAUGAGCGCAUGGUAAAGAUGGUGCUGCACGAGUACAAGAUUCACCACGCCGAAAUUCUUUUUCGCGAGGACUGCACCACUGAACAACUGAUCGAUGUCAUUGUGGGCAACCGCGUCUAUCUCAACUGCCUGUACUGCUACAACAAGAUUGAUCUGGUCUCUCUGGAAGAAUGCUCCCGCCUUGCCCAUCUUCCACACUCGGUUGUUGCCAGCUCGGCCCUCAAGCUCAACUUCCCUUACCUAAAGGAUAUGAUUUGGGAGUACUUGGCGCUUGUUCGCGUGUACACCAAGAAAAAAGGCCAGUUCCCGGACCUGUCAGAGCCUCUGGUGCUGCGUGGUGGGUGCACCGUUCGCGACGCUUGCGCCGCGCUGCAUCGGACCCUCGCGGAUCAAGUCAAGUCAGCUCUUGUUUGGGGCACGAGCACCAAGCAUGACCCCCAGAAAGUGGGAUUAGCGCACCUGCUUGAAGAUGAGGACGUUCUUCAAGUCAUCAAGAAAUAGAGUUUUGCUCUUUCCUUCUUCCUCUUACGUUUUCUAUUUUUCCAUGUGGCUUUGCUUUUUUUUGAGCAUCAGCUCUUGCCGCUUGCUCCUGAUUGUGUGUCAAGCUGUACACCGCGAGGAUCUCGGUCACCAAGUGACGAUCACACCUCAAAAAUCGACCUCUUUUUUUUUUC